AUGGUGUUUAUUCUGCCACCGUUCUUCAGGUUGACUAAUGAACAGAGGGCAGCUAUUGCAGACUACUUCAGGGUAUACAAGGGAAAUGAAAAUAGUAAUAAGAAAGUGUCUUUGAUGGGUCCAGCUCUGCAUCCUUUACUGGCGAGAUCAUAUACAGAUGUCUUGAAGGUCUUUUUUGAAGAGAAACUGCUUGGUGGGCAGAAAUUAUUUGCAUCCGAAGAGAAAUAUCAAAAGAUCCUUGACAUGAUUCCUGAUGAAACUAUUGCUACAGAGCUACAGGCAAGGUGGCAGGAAAACCGACGGUCCAUCUCAAAAGAAGACCUUAAUGUUGUCCGAUGGGAGCAAUUAAAACACGCGUUGCAGUCUGGGAAGCAAAAGGCACAGGGGCUUCGUCGGUGUGUUGAAGAGAUUGUUUUCUCGUAUACAUAUCCGAGACUGGAUAUGGAGGUGUCCAAACACAUGAAUCAUUUGCUAAAGGCACCUCUCUGUGUACACCCAAAAACAGGUUAGUAUCAAUGCUAUCACUG